AUGAAUGGUUUAGAAGCUGUCGAAAUACUGUCUACGGACCCGGAAGUCGACGACAUGCUUAUGACAGAAGAUGCCGCGGACGACGAAGCCACGGACACCACGUCGGAAGGGAAGAUGCUUGAUAUGGAUGGCAUGGAAGACAUCGAUAUCGACAUUUACAAUUCAAGCUCAAGCGAUGAAGACAUGGCCGAUGCUGAUGAUACAGACGAUGAAGAGGAGGACAUAUACGGCAACAAUAGGCUGAUCGACUUGGACGAGCCUACCGGUCCUCAGCCGACUAUACUGCAGCUACCCACGGAGGUCUUUCAAAUAAUCCAACGGCACAUGGACAUUGGCACCUUUUUUAUUUCUCUCCUGACUUGCAAGUCCUUCCUCAAUGCGGCCUUCUCAAAACCCUUAUUGUCUUACCACCUUCGCCAGCUUCCCGGACUAGGCUUGGGUCUCGAGCAUCUAGAUGAAAAGGACCUUCUACACAUUGUCCGGACUCGUGCUGGUCAAAGCGGACAUGCUGCGGGCGUUCUUGCUAACGUGACUUCAUAUGACGCAGACCUCGGUUGUAUGACCGCUAAAGCAGCCUUUACCUGGCAUGACCCUGCACGGCCAUGCAGUAAACACAGCUACCUGGCAAUACCAAACAUGAGUGGCAUCAUUCAGAUCUACGAGCUUAGCAAGCAUCCCGUCCGUAGACGUGAAGAGCUACAAAUUCAUCAUGAGGAUUGCAACCCGGGACGGAUAAGCAUAUUGAAAGUAGCAUUUGCCGCCGGAAGCAAGGAUCUAGCCGUGCUUUGUACUCAAGAAACAUGUCUCGAUGAACAUCACAGCGCCUUUGCGAAGCGUUUGCACGAAGGCGCCGCCUCGUGUUCGCUCCAGUAUAAGCUUGUAGUCUUCCAUCGGUGCUAUGCAAAGCAGAAAGGUCACUUCUUUUCAUCAGCAAUUCAAGAAACGAGAGAUAUAGAGUUUCCGAGGGGUGCAAGUCCUGUAGGCCUCGCUUUGGCUCAAAACGGUACUGCAUGUAUAUUGUGGCAUGGCAAACAUCCAAAGGGAAAGAAAAAGGAAAUGGUUUGGAUAAUCCAUCGCCAUGACAAGCUUAUGGAGGUCAAUUCUCACGACCCAGAACCGCAAAUGACUCCUAUCCAUAGGCUAGCUGCAGAUAUCCCUGAUCGUGCCCCUCCAGUUGUCGUUGCUUUUAAUGCUCAAUUCUCGCUCAACGGGGAAUCAUUGUUGCUCUUCAAACCGGGUCACCACAUCCAUAGCUGGUACGCUUCUACACCUCAGGCUGACGGACGAGGGGCCACUUCUAUGCAAAGCAAUAGCACGUUGAUUGACGUUGACAAAUAUAACGGUCGACAUUUAUGGGAAAUCAACAUUGGCAAGCCAUUUUAUGAAAGACACAUGAGCGAUGUCUUUGACGAGGAUGAUGACACUCCUCAAUGUCGCCGGUCGUGGCUUGCCCUAGGUUUUGCGGAUCGUAGAGCAGCGCGUGGCUUUGAGACUCCUAGCGUCUUCAUCAUGCAAUCAGAUGCGCAGAAGCCCACGGCCGACUGUGAUCACCUGAUCAAUCUUGACGGCAAUACAACUUGGUGGAAACCGAUUGCACUGCUUGGUGGAUACAAGCAUGGCACGAGCACCCUUGGCACAAUUAUGGCUGUCUCGCCCGAUGGAACUCGCGUCGCCGCCGCCCUAUGGAAUCGUAUAUACCUCUGGACUUUGGAUCCUAAAAUGCUGGUUGAAGGAGAUUUACACCUAUAUUUCCCGCCUCGAGAUUAUAAUCCCCGAAAGGGCAUCGGCAGGCUUCGACCCACCCUACUCUCGACGUCUUCCAGUGUGGUUCAUGGAAUGCAAUGGACGAAUGAAGAGAACCUUUUUGCAGUAACAGAUCGGGGCCUUAUGAAAUGGGAUCUUGGUUGUAUGUCCGACGGUACUCGGGAAAGCUUCUCCAUGCCAUGGGAUAUUUGGUCGAGCAACGCUCUAAAUGUUCCGGCGCCGGGUUCAGGGGAACCGAGGGUUCCGGCGACUAUGCAAGAUAUUGAAGACGACGAAGAUGAAUAG